AUGGGAACUCCGAUGGCACCGGUGAAGAUCAACGCAGGGGACAAGAUCAAAGAUCAAUUUGUGGUCAAAAAAAAGCUGGGAGAAGGCGCGUGCGGACAAGUGUUCCUCGUCGAACUGCUUCAGGGCGGCAAAGGACGGGCGGCGAUGAAGGUGGAGCCGCUGAUGAAGAGCAAAGACGACGAGAUUCUCAAGAUGGAGGUGUACGCGCUGAAAAAGUUGCAGCAGUGAGUUGGUUUUUCGCCACGACAACCCGAUAACUUCUGUUCACAGCUCUCGCCACGUGUGCCGCCUGCUCGGUUCCGGGAAAUCGGAGACGUACACGUACAUGGUGAUGAGUCUGCUCGGCCGCGAGAUUGGCGACAUUCGACGUCGUCUGCCAGGCCGCAAAAUGUCGUUCCCCUCCACCCUUCGCAUCUUCAUCCAACUCGUGCGCGCGCUGCAGGACAUGCACGAGGCGGGCUUCGUGCAUCGCGACGUCAAACCGAGCAACAUGGCGUUGGGCGUCAAAAACGAGCAAGUUGUCUACGUUUUCGACUUUGGUCUCUCGCGCCAGAUCAUGUUGCCCGACGCGACGGGAAAGCUGAAACUUCGCGAGCCGCGCGCCAAGUCAGUCUUUCGGGGGACCGUCCGCUACUGCAGUCUGAACGUGCAUCAGCACAAGGAGCAGGGGCGGCACGACGAUUUGUACGGCGCACUGUACGCGAUGAUCGAGACGGUCACGUCGACGCUGCCGUGGAAGGGCAAACCGAAGAAGGACAGUGCGGCGCUGAAGGAGAAGACGAGCGAUCAGCAGUUGUGCAAGGUUCGUGCCGAGACCACCAUUCAGUCAAAUUACUUGUUACACGGUCUCCAGAGCUGACAAUGGGCGCAAGUGCGCCCCGCCCAAUAGAACGAUACAUUGGCGCGAAAUUCAAAUUUUAACAGCAAAAUUUGUGUUUUAUGUCAGAUUAGCCACGAAAAACCGAUAAUUUCUCAUUUUUCUCUCGAUAGACCGAUUGUAUAGGCUAUUACGAAUUUUUUAAGCGCAAGAGCGUUAAAUUUGGUCAAGUCGCAAAUCACAUUUAUCCGUUUGAAGGUUUUUGGCUAAAACUGCGUGAAUUUCAGUUGCUUUUCGGUAGUUUUAGCAGUUUGAGCGCUCAAAAUGCUUGUAUUUACGUGAUUUAUCAUUCUCAAAACCAAUUCUGUCGGAAAACGGUCAAGAAAGCGCAAAAUGAGAAGUGCGGUUUUUAGGCGGCGAUCGGCGGCGAAGGCGAAAAAGCAAAUUCCGCGAAAAAUGCUCCAAAACGUCAUUAAUUCUGAGAAUUAGUGUGUUUUCAUGUCGAACAAUCAUUUUUCAUCGCUGUUGACCACAAAAAUCAGAGAAAACCUGCUGAAUUCAUGAAAACGCCAUUUGGCCAAGGCCACGCCCAUAUUGUCAGCUCUGGAGACCGUGUAUAUUGUUUAGAACUGUCCAAAAUCGUUUAUGGAUAUCGCGAUGACCCUUCGAAAGCUCAAGUAUCAAGACACUCCACCGUACGGCCAAUUUAUGGAGAAACUCAAAUCGGACCUUCCGAAAGGAGUCAAAAUGUGCGUGCCCUUUCCUCAAUGCUGCUAACUAACUUUUCUAAAUUUGCAGGACGGACCCGUUCGAAUGGAAUCUGAACAAAUCGGCGCUCGACGAGAACAACACCAACGAGAAAUCGGAUCGGGAGGCGGCGGAGCGGAACGGAGGCGCCGACACGGUCAACGAGGUCGACGAGAGUGUGCUCACCGAGGAUCGCGGCGAUACGACGUCGUCGUCGAAGAACGCGGAGGACUACGCGCCCGAGGAUACUCUUGACAAUAUUUGA